AUGGUACAGAAUAAAAUCGCUUCGCAAAUCUUCGAUAUGACAUCGCCAGGUGUACAUGCCUUUUUAAUCAUUGUUCGCGUCGAUCGUUUUACACCUGAAGAAAAAAAUACUAUUGAUUUUAUAAAAAAAAUUUUCGGUGAUGGUGCUGCCAAAUAUUGUAUCAUCAUCUUUACUCGCGAAGAUCAAUUGGAAGAGGGUCAAACUAUUGAUGAUUUCAUAAAUUCAUCAGACCAGUUGAAAGAGCUAGUUCACUGUUGUGGAAAUCGUAAACUUGCCAUCAACAAUAAGUUAAAUGGUCAACCGUUAAAAAUAAAAACCGACCAGUUGCUUCAAAUGAUUGAUCAAAUGGUGCAAAGCAAUCGUGGUAAAUACUAUACGAACGACAUGUACCAAAAGAUCGAGCAGCAACGUAAAAGAGAACAAGCAAGACAAGAAGAAGAAGAUCGCGAAAAAAAGAAAGCAUACGAAGAGUCACUAAUUUCAAAAGUAAGUUUAUUGCUGUAGGGGUGACUAUUUAGUCUUACUUUAUUAAAUAAAGAUAAAUGACUCAUUUAUCUUUAGAAAAUAAAGAUACAAUAAAAAAAAUAAAGGGUUCUUUUUCUAAGCGCUAAUGUGACUGAUAACGUUGCAAGACACAGACCAUAUCUUCAGAAAACUUUUACUAGUCAAAUAAGUGUAGUUUGACUGAAAACAAGUUAGUUAAGAAACAAAAUGAAUUUGUGCUUUUUUCUUAAUAUUUAGCUGAUUUCAGUUAGAAAAACGAUGCUUCUGUCAAAGGUAGUAACAUAUUCUGAAUUAGCAUAAAAAACGGAGCUGAAUGAUGGAUGUUUCAAAUAUUUUUGAAGCAAUUCUUUUUGAUCGAAAACUUUUUCCGUACUCCUCAAGCUUUUUAGACUGAAAAAUGUGUUUCAUGAAAAACGCCGAUUUCGUCGUUUCAACAUCCUCCACUGCGUGUUGCAAUAUCAUUUUGCACUUGUUAAGGUUGUUCGUCACUAUCUGAAUCACUUUCUGAUGAAGUUCAAUUUUUGGUCCAAAAAUCCUGGAAGAGAAACUAGGGGACGAAUUUUUUGAUCAAAAGAAAAUGUUUCAAAAACUUCUGAAAUACACAGCAGUGGACUUCUAUUUGUAUGCUAAUUUGAGAUAUGAUAUUCGUCUUGAUUCAGUGAUCAUUUUUGUAAUUGAAAUCUGCUAAAUAUCAAGGCAACGGCAUAACUACAUGCCAUUUCUUAAGCAACUUAUUUUUAAUGAAUAUAUAUUUUUUUAAUGAUAAAAGUGUUUUUGAAUAUAAGCCAUGCGGUCCUAGGCCACUUUCAGUUGCACUAUUGCUAGAAAAAAAAUCUUUAUUUCUUUAAUUUAUCUUUAUUUUUUGAAAAUACAGGAUUCAUUUAUGUUUUAGAAAUAAAUUUAAAUAAAUCAUUCAUCUUUAUCUUUUAUUAUAAUUCGAAGUAAAGAUUAAGGGUUACUUCUGUAUUGCUACAAGCAAAAUUGUUUUGUUAAGCGGUUGUGUGAUUUUAGGGUCGAGAAAUAGCGCGGCAAGAAGCAGAAAAACGGGAACAAGAACAACAGAAAGAACGAGAAGUACGCUGAUUGCUGUAAGCAAAAUUGUUGUCGUUAAGCUGUUCUGUGAUUUUAGGACCGAGAAAAAGAAGAGCGACGAAAAGCAAAAAAACAAGAAAAAAAAGAGCGACGAAAAGCGGAAAAACGGGAACAAGAACAACAGGAAGAGCGAGAAGUACGUUUAUUGGUGCAAGCAGAAUUGUUUUCAUUAAGUUGUUUUGUAAUUUUAGAGUAGAGAGAAAGAGCGGCAAAAAACGGAAAAACCAGAAAAAGAACAAUAUUCAACGAGGAAAAAUAUCUGCAAUUGUCCGUGUCAUGAAAACCCAGGUAUUCUACAUGCUGUGCCAUGCUGUUCAGGUAUUCAGCAGCCAAUUAGUCUGCUUGGCUCUUUGCUAUCCCGUGUAAUCAAAUAAGUGAUCACAACAACUAUUAAUCAGCCGCUUUUUCCUUGAUAAACUAAGAUAAUACAUGUCUCGUUAAAACACUUCAACUCCUCGAUUGCUUAUCCUCGUUUUUAAUAAAAAGAAUUUUGAUUGUUUCAUAAGAAAAUUAUCCAAUACUAUUCAAUCUUUAUCGGCCAAGCCAAACCUGAUGCAUGGAUAUUUUUUUAGAAAUCAUUUCAAUUAUUGUCGGAUAAGUACAUCGUGCAAAGCUGAAACUUUGGUCAUUAGUAGCACUACAUUGAGUCUCUGACUAAGAAAAAAAUCAGUUCCUUUAAUAACACUCUUCACUUGUAAUCAAUUCAACAAUAUUCUGUGGAACACGGAGGAGAGUAUGGGCGUGGAAUUGGUAUGUGAGAAUUCUCUGAACGAAGAGAGCAUGAUCCACACCGAAACCCACGCUACACCCAGGUUCCACACCCCGAUACGCAAGAUGUCGCCUUAUUAAAUAAGCAUAAAUGAGUAUUCUAUGUAUGACCUGACAAAGAAUAGAACACACACGGUUACGUUUAAAUCAUUGAUGAGCAAUAAUGGAUUAAGUUAUUUUUAGAAAAAGCAAGAUAUGGUUGGGUUGGUGUGUCCGCAGAAGGAAUGUGAAUGAAAAUACGAACAUUAUGCAGCUAUUUCAAGAUAAAAUGUCUGAGGAAAAAUUAAAACAUUGAUCACAGUCGUCACUUGGUUUUCAAUUAAUAAUGUUGCAUAAAAUGAUCUUAUUUAAGAAGGAAAGUUUCGGAAAUAUCUUUGGGUUAAGUUUAAAUGAACUCAAUCUGCAGAUCUCGAAAAAGCUUUACGAUUUAAAUUGAUUCGAUUGGUAGAUGUUUGUAAAAUUUUCCAAUUCAGUCCAAAACACUUCGUACGUGUUUGGAAAAGACUCGAAUUCGAUCCAAUUCAACUAAGUCCAUAAGUUGAGCUGAAUGGAGUUGUUCAACAUUGUGUACAUUUGAUACGAACAGAAAAAAAUACCUGACGAAAUAGUGAUUGCCAAUAGAACCAACUGAGGAAUCCAGCAUUGAUUUUUUGUGUUGUUUUUUACACUCGAUACAGCUUAACUAGCGAAAAACUUACACUGAUGUCACCAUUGAUCAUAAUUGAUCAAAGCCGCAACCUCUCAUGAUUAAUAAAUCACAUUCAAAAGAUUUUAAAUUUCACGAAAACUAAGCAAAAAUGACUUUUACACAUGUACAGCCAAGAGUACUUUUUUGUGGCAAUAAUUUCUAUGACAUAGUUUCAUUUAACAACAGGACAAAAUAGUUUUAUGCAUUUUGAUGUGGGUGUAGGGUGUAGGUGUGGAUGGGUGUGUGGUCUGGAUGUCGUGUGUGGGUGGGGUGUGGGUGGGGUGUGUGGGUGUGGAUGUGGGUGUGGGAGUGGGAGUGGGUGGGUGUGGGGUGUGGCUGUGGCUGUGACUAUGGGGUGUGGGUGUAAAUGAAUAGUAUACCCACACCCACACCCACACCCUCUGUAGGUGUGGAAUGUGGGUGAAAGCAUUCUUUCUUUUUAUACGAGCACCCACAUCCUCAUCCCAUCCAAUAUAUGGGACUGUUCUGUGUUAGUCUGAGACAUUUAGAAAUGAUGCGUGUGGGUGAAUGUGGGUUGAUCGGCGAAUGACUGCGCGAGAGUAUGGAUGGAUAUAAUACCCUGGGGAACCCACGAUCACACCCAUACCAAAACUCUCACCUCAUACCCUAAUUGACUUUUAAUUGAAAAAGCUGUUAGUGCAAUCUCUGCGAGAUUAAAAUGUGAAACACGAUAUACUCAUUGUUGCUAAUCGCCUAAAAACUAUUGUCCAUUUCAGAGUUAAAUGGCUGUGACCAUUUUUUGAAUAACUUUUAAUCGGCAAAAGCUGUCUAGCUCGGAAUUGUGCAGUUGGAAAGAGC